UCGUGACUCGCACGCAUAUCGCUUUGCUCUGCUUCGCCUUCGCUUCCGCUUCCGAUUGCCGUUUCCGCUUUCGCCGCGCGAAGACGUAAAGAAGGAGGCGGCGGCGACGGCGGUGGUGGGGUUGAGGGAUGGGGUACGCGCGGACGGUGAAGGCGGCGACGGCGGCGGCGGCGGCGGUGCUGGUGGCGUUCGGGGUGAGGAUGGCGGCGCCGGCUGCGGCGGGGUUCGUGGCGGACGAGCUGCCGCGGGCGCAGGCGGCGGCGGCCACGUGGCUGACGCCGCCGUACCUGUACCUCGUCAUCAACGCCAUCAUCCUGUCCAUCGCGGCGUCGUCGCGGUUCCAGCCUAACCGCCCGCAGGCCGCCUCCGCCGACGCGUCGUUGGUGCGGCCGGCUCCGGUUCCGGUUCCAGUCCCGGUGGUGGCGGUGCCCGCGCCGGCGGUGACGAUGCCGAUGGAGGUGCCCGUUGUGCCGGUGCCGGAGGCGAUGGCUCCCGAGCCCAUUCCCGUGGAGGUGACGGUGCCGGAGGUGGUGAAGACGGCGCCGGAGGCGGAGGAAGCGGAGGAGAACUUCACGAUCUCGAGGUCGGCAUGGACGCCACGGCGGAGGAGCACCGCCGAGGCGGAGGCAGAGCAUGAGGCGUUGUCCCCCUUCGCGGACCUGACGAACUCGAGGGAGAAGCCACUGGUGUCCACUCGAUUCGGCCGGAAGCCGGUCAAGGCGAGCCCAGAAGGGAGCAGCAGGGCGCUGGGGGUGUCGCGGCCGCGGAAGGAGCAGACGCUGGAGAGCACGUGGAAGGCCAUCACGGAGGGGCGGGCGCCGCCGCUGGCGCGGCAUCUCAAGAAGUCGGACACCUGGGAGACCCGGCCCGGCCGCCGCCAGUCCGGCAGCGGAGGUGGCGAGGACGCGCCACCGCCGGCGACGGCGAUGCGGAAGGCGGAGACGUUCAACGAGGCCGCCGGAGGAGGAGGAGGAGGGAAGAAAGUGCGGCGGGAGCCGUCGCUGGGGCAGGACGAGCUGAACCGGAGGGUGGAGGCGUUCAUCAACAAGUUCAACAUGGAGAUGCGGCUGCAGCGGCAGGAGUCGCUCAAGCACUACAACGAAAUGAUCAGCAGAGGCAGCGUCUACUGACGAUGCAGAGCAGCAAUAGCAGCAAGCAAGAGCUUGCUUUUUUGUUUUGUUUUGUAGUUUUGGCCUUUUUUUUCUUCUUUUGGGCUCCCUUUUUUUUUUUAAUUUCUUCCUUCAACUAUCAGUUGUGUAAGAAAUGGUUUUGUUCAAGGAUGAUAGUGAUAGUACACAAAAGACAAGACUGUUCAUAUUAGGGGCGACAGAUUAGUGAAGAAAAGAACAACCCAAUUUCUAUUGGGGUCUUGUGUAUUAAAUAUUAAUUAGCCUUUGCUUACUGAGAUUGUUCAUGGCA